UUCAUGCUGAUGAUAAUAUUAACAAACAAUGCAGUUCAGCCUUCUCCAUAUCAUACAUGAAACACGGCGAUAUCCAAUGAGUAGCCUAUACGAAGAACAUUCACACCAUCACACAUCCCCCUUUGCAGUUAGUCAUUCCUUGCGUAGUUAGUCGUCGAAAUUGCCACAUGGCGCGUGAAUACGCGAUCGACCACUUCUUGCCUGCGCAAAAUGGUUUCCAUUUCGUGCUUGGAGAUUUGGGAUGCGAGUCACAAGCGGCGAUCCAAAGAGGUUCUUGCCACUUCCCAAAAAGAAUGACUGGAGUCAGCUUUUUAUUUUUACAACCACCUGUCUGGUCUGACUGGGCCUAAACUAACCUAUCCCGUACAAAAAAGCAUGGUACGAGCCACGCGGGGGAUCUCUCUGGAAGAGUGGGAGGAAAAGACGCAGUUGGAUGACAAGCAACAACAAAGCGUGUACCAACUUCAAGAAGCAUGCUUGGAAUUACCACUGCCGUCGCACUGGCUCUUCAAUGAUCGAUUGCAUACCUCGCCUUCUCUGGGCGUUCUUUCCAAACAGCUCAGUGGACUAUCGAGUCAACCACGAUCCGUCACCAACUUGGCCGCCAUGAACGAAGCCAAUCACGAACAGAUGGCCGCCCUCGGUGCCGAAAAACCAGUUGAAACCUUGCAACAGUUCUUUGACUGGUUUGCCGUGAUGGAGUCAGAAAUGGAAAAGGAUCAGGAAGACGUGUGCCGCAAUUAUUUCGAAAUCAUCAUGCUCUAUCGUAAUGCCUGUGACGAGUUUUUACGUGAUCUGGAUGGCACGACACGGUUAUUCGACGAGCUGAAGGGGACCUAUGCCUUUGUAGAAGAACGCACCAAAUCACUACAGUCGACUUGCGAGACUUUGUUACACGAACAGGGCUCGCUAACGAAAUUGGCCGAUGGUUUAGCUGAAAAAUUAGCGUAUUACAAUCAUUUGGAUCCUAUCGCUAAACUGUUUAAUGCCCCUGGUGAUGAUAUUUGUCUGAAUCCGCAAUUUGUACCGAUGUUGAAGACACUGGAUGAGUGUAUCAACUACAUGCAACAGCAUUUAGAGUAUCGAGACUCGGAACUGUAUCUGAUGCGGUUCCGACAAUGCAUGACCCGUGGCAUGACAUUAAUCAAAAUGCAUGCAGUGACUAGCAUCAAAUCCCUAGGUUACGAUAUCUAUAAACAGAUCAAAGCCAAGACCGAUGCUUCCGUGACUGGCCAGUCAAAACAGACAACACUGUUGUAUGUCAAAUUUAAAGCGCUGGGUCCGUCCUUGCGACCGUUGAUAUCCCAAUUGGAAUCACGAUGUCAGGGCCAUAAAGAAUAUGAAGCUCUUUACCGUGACAUUCUCAAUGCUUAUUUCCAAACAAGACAACAACUUUUGAAUCCCAUCAUUUCACGGAAAAUCGCCCAAUUGGCACCCAGCACAACAAAUAUGCUGACUUUUGCACAAAAUGGGUGUGCUUACAUGAUGAACCUUUGUAUGGAUGAAUAUAAUUUGGCACGCCACUUUUUCCGUUCCGCCGAUGAUGAGCUCUAUGCUUAUCUGGAUGAAUUAACGAGCUAUCUCUACGACUAUCUUCGUCCUCGGAUCAUUCAUGAAAACGAUAUCUCUACCCUAUCGGAUCUAUGCAGUAUCUUUCAACUCUAUGUGAUGCAAGAUGAACGCCGCAUUGGCACCGACAACAAUUCUCAACAGGGGUUAAUGUUUGGCCAUCUGAUUCAGCAUGUGCUUGAAGAUGCCCAAGGCAAAUUGGUCUUCCGAGCCCAGCGGUUUAUUCACCAUGAUAUACAAAACUAUCAGGCCAAACCGGAAGACUUUGACUUGCGACCGUCGUCGGCGCACGAAGUAGAUUCUACUAGUAAGACUUCGGUUGUACUGGAACAAUCACGCGCCAAGGGAACCGAUUCAUUAACGCAUCCUGCUACGCUGACCGUCGAGGAAGACACUCCCGAAACGCCCACCACAUCCACCCACGCCGCACCAUCUGUAUCAUCGCCCUCCUCCUCGUUAUCACCAUCGCCAUUUUCUCCCCUUGCUCAAGGCACGGAUGAAGACCGAGGAUGGUUCCCAACCCUGCAAAAGACACUUUGGAUCUUGUCAAAAUUAUACCGCUGCGUUCAGACUCGCGUUUUUGAGGAUUUAGCGCAGGAAGCUGUUUCCUUAUGUAGCGAAUCACUCAAAAAAGCCAGUGAAACUAUUGCUACCACAAAGUCACGGUUAGAUUCGCAGUUAUUCUUGAUCAAGCAUUUCCUAGUGCUCAAGGAACAGCUGGCGCCUUUUGAAGCCAAUCUCAUUCACGCAAGCAAAGAGCUCGACUUCUCUCAUGUCACAGAUUCCUUGAGCUCAUGGCAGCAAACGGGUUCCUUAAUUUUCAACCCCAACAAUCUCAUUAGUUUAGCGCAGCACGGUAUGCCUCGCGUGGUAGAGAUCAGCCUGGAUUCACGUCGAGAAAUCGAUCGUGAAAUCAAAACCGUAUGUGAGGACUUUAUUGUCGACUGUGUACGAGGCGCUACGGAGCCUUUAGCGACAUGUAUGGCCAAAUUAUCUUCACGAUCUUUACUAUCGUCGGACAAUGCUUCAACCCCCCGGAUAUCCUCUGAAGAAAUCCUUUCAACGAUCGAGCAAUUCAAAGAAGCUACUCAAGAACGCUUAAAAUUCGUGACACGGAAACUCCGUGAAUAUGUCCAUGAUCAGAAGAUGGAGGAAAUCCUGCUGAAGCCGGUGGAGUCGAAUGUUAUUGAACAAUACAGCGACUUUGUUCGACAGACUAUGCUAGAAGUUUCUGCAGAACCAAGCAAAGCGCCCAUGUCGGUCGAAGCCAUGGCGGUUUGGAUCUCAGAUCUCAAGACCUUACCAAACACGGAAGAAUAAAAUGAAUGCCCCUCCCAUCUUAAGGUGGCAUACUUUGAUAUUGUUCUGUUUUCCCCAUUAUUUUAUUUCUCUCGCGCUAUCCUAUUGGUGGAAGCAAUGGGGCUACGCAGAUUACAGGGCAAGUCCACAAGGUCAUUUCAACAAUUGCUGACACGGCAUAUAACCUCCAGUGACU